GUAAGAACUGUCAUAUCAUACGCCCCGUGUUCAAUGUCUGCGCACGCGCUGACCGUUACUACUGCCGACGCGACAGCGAAAAGAUAGCCGCAGUAAGCUGGCUACCUUCGUCAAAAGAUCAUGGAGAAUGAUUUUACGGACAGCCAUAACGUCUCCACGUCCAUGUACAUGGCCGACAAGUACAAUGAAUAUAGUAUCCAGAUAAUGCGUUGGAUCCUCAGGGCGAUUAGUUUAUGGCCACUUUCCGUCGACGCCUCGAUCAUCGAGAAGAUUUGUUCCGAUUUUACGAUAUGUUUAUGCUACUUUUUAAUGAUCGUCAUUAUGGUGCCGAACGGCCUGAGUAUAUUCAUUGAGUCGCAGGAGUCCUAUGAGACCAUAAUACGGAACAUAGGUCCAAUCACCUUCUGGUUCAUAGCCAUGGUGAACUAUUCCUGUCUUCUGAUGCACAUUGACGACAUACGUGCCUGCGUAGAGCACGUGAAGGCGGACUGGCGAGUCAUGAGUAAAACGCAGAAUCGACAAGUGAUGCUGAAAACUGCCAGAAUAGGUCGAUUCAUCACCGGUUUUUGCGCCGUGUUCAUGCACAGCGGUGUGUUCUCGUACAAUGUCGCUCAAGGGCUGUCUAAAGAUAUUUUACAAGUGGGCAACAGCAGUAUAGAAGUUCGCGUAUUACCUUAUCCCUUUUACAGCAAGAUCCUGGACACACACUAUAGUCCAGCGUACGAGUGCAUGUUCUUUGUGCAGUGUCUCUCGAGCUUCGUCGUCAAUUCCGUCACAGUCGCCACGUGCAGCAUAGGAGCAGUUUUUGUUAUGCACGCGUGCGGCCAACUGAGAAUCAUGAUGUCUCUGCUUGAAAAUCUCGUAGACGAAAGAAAUGAAGAAAAAACUUCUGUGAAGCAAAGGUUCGUAAUCAUCGUGGAACAUCAUUUGAGAGUCUUGAGUUUCGUUUCCCGAAUAGAAAAAAUUAUGAAUAUUGUAUGUCUUGUGGAAUUAAUCGGAUGUACUAUGCAUAUAUGUCUUGUAGGAUAUUAUUUCAUUCUGGAUUUGAUUCAAGGCAAGGACACAGAAAGUGUUGUCUCGUAUUCUAUGUUAUUAUCUUCGAUCACUUUUAACAUUUUUAUAUUUUGCUACAUUGGGGAGACUCUUUCAGAACAGGGCGGACAGAUUGGCAAAUCUGUCUAUAUGACAAAUUGGUAUCUUUUGCCUGGAAAAACCGCCCGUGGGCUCAUUUUAAUAAUUUUAAGAUCCAACGCUGACCUCAAGUUAACUGCCGGGAAAAUUGUCCAGCUUUCAUUUUCCACUUUUGGUGAUGUAAUUAAGUCUGCAUUAGCGUAUUUAAACAUACUUCGGACUAUACUGAUUAUUAAAUAAUUAUAUUAUCUCGGCAUGAAAAAGAUAACUAUACGCAA